CAUGGAGCUUCACCGAAGAGUUCCUCCAGAGAAGUGGUGCGUCACCUACAAGGAUUUCUACAAGUUCGUUCACGAGAUCAGAAUGUUGUGGUGCAGAGGCCUCAUUGAUGAGCAUGACCUGAAUCCACACCACCACGACCCCAAUUAUGGGCCAAACCUCUACCAAGUCAACGAACAAUAUGUGAAACCUGUGACCUUGAAAGCUGGUGGCAUGAGCUACGCCCUGAUGAAGCACCCUGAGGGGCUGCCCUGUGACGUCUUCAUCUCACAUGCCUGGGCUGAAGGUAUCUUUGAGCUCGCAACACUGGUGGGACAGGGCUGGCCUCGAGGACAUGGACUGAAAAACAUGUACUUGUGCUUGUUGGCCAACCCCCAAAACAGCGUUGGCAGCUGGCUGGAGGGUACCCGAUUGACGGAGACUUCCUUCGCAUUGGCCUUGCGACGCUCCUCCCACGUGUUGGUGAUUCCCAACAAGUCCAUCAGCAUCUACAGUAGGCUCUGGUGUGUCUAUGAAGCAUAUCUAGGAACUGAGUUUCAGAAAACCUGCAUGAUGCCUACGAAGCCCCGGGCCUCUGUCCUCUUAAAGGCCGCCAUGCCCACGAUGAUCAUCCCCUGUUUGCUGGGUGUCAGCAUCGGUGCCUGCUGGGUCUUGCUACCCAUGAAACUGCAGCACACCAUGCCAGCCAUGCCGGAGAAACUCUUGACGUGCAUGUCAUUUUGCUGCAUCUUGACCAUGAUGUCAGCUCUGACCCAUGCGGUCACCAGCAUCUGUGCGAGGACGUGCCGGCUGUGGACCAGGAUGGUUGGCUUGAGAUUGCUGCACAGUCUUUUGAUCCUCUUCGACAGUGCCUUGAUCAUCCCGUGGCUUCAAAUCCCACGGACUGACCUCUCACACUGGGACGCGUUACUACACUCGUUCAUUCCCUUUGCCAUUUUGACCUUUAACAGCUGCCUCCUAGUGCAGUUGAACCAGUACUCAUUGGAAACCAAGGAGUUGGCUUUGCAGGCUGCAUAUCUGGACUUUCAAACCUUGGAUGACGCCACUUGCACAAGCAGAGCAGAUGAGAUUCGCAUACGGGAGGCCAUUAGUGGCCACGAGGAAGAUGUGGACACCGCCAUCCGCGUUUUGAUGAAAGCCGGUGCCUAUAACCUGGAGCUGCGCCGUGCCUAUGAGGAGGGAGAAGACAUCACUGCGUCGGGUACCAGAGACAUUUGCAUCAAGACCUUUCUGGUGGCCGUCCUCUGGAUGAUGUCAACUGUGGACACGUCAGGGGCAGCAGAGGUGCAGCAAGGCUGUCGGAACCAUCAGUGGGCCAAGUGGCUUUGGAUCGCUGCAGCCAUUUCGGCCAUGACCACCGUCAGUCUGCCGCUCUUGAUCUGGAGACUUCAGAUCACGGGACCCCAACGGGCUCUCCACGCGGUGAAGGCAUGGUUAUGUAUGGCCAUGAUGGUGGUUGGAAUUCCCUUGACGCUGCAGAUUGAGAAUCACUUGCUGAAGGGCAUGCACUUUCUCCAAAUCCACAGGCAUCCAAUGCAUAUGGAGAUGCGCUGUCCCUCAGAAGGUACGCUGGUGAUGUUGGUGGUCUUCCGGCCCUGCCUGGCCUUAAUCGCAACGGCUUCUGCCUUGAUCGGACCCUGGAAGCUCCGCUCCAGACUUCGCUCCGUGGGGAGUUUUAUGACUGAAAACACCAUGAACAGCAUGGCCAUGACGGCCGUUCGGACUCGGAGCCGGAGCGGAUCGGGUGGAUCGGGCGGAUCGGGUGGAUCGGGAUCUUUGACAGAGUCACAGAGUGAAAGUCAGUCGUCGGCCUAGUCGGCCUCGCCAUGCCUCGCCUGUGGCCCGUUCCAAAGUUGUUUGGGCCCUGGGGGUUGAUCACUGUCUCACGGAAUGGAUCAAAAUGGAUGACAAACCAUUUCUGGUUGGUGGUU